GCAUCUAUUUCAUAUAUGAAGUGUUCUAAUUCGUCUUGAGCUUGAAGGUCGCCCGAGUGAGAAGCUGAAGCAGAGACAGAGAAGAGAGUAGUGCAUAAGAAUGUUGCAGAGGGCGGCAAGCAACGCGUACUCCUGGUGGUGGGCCAGCCACAUCAGGACAAAGCAGUCGAAAUGGCUUGACAACAGCCUCCAAGAGAUGGAGGAGAAGGUGAAUUCCAUGAUGAAGCUCAUAGAGGAGGAUGCAGAUACAUUUGGAAAGAAGGCAGAGUUGUACUUCAGGAGAAGACCGGAGCUGAUGAACUUCGUGGAGGAGAUUUAUAAAGCUUACAAAGCUUUGGCUGAUAGGUAUGACAGAGUAUCAGGAGAACUGCACAAGGCCAACCACACCAUAGCAUCGGUUUUUCCUGACCAGGUCGAGCUUGCAAUGCAAGAUGAUGAGGACGAUAGCUCUCCCAAGGCGAUCACUUCAAUAGAUCUCAGUAAAUUUCGUAGGCCAACAGAAGGCCUGCAGUUUAGCAUAGUAAACAAAGACAACCAAGACUACACCGCACCGAAGCGACAAUAUCAUAGGAGGAUAAGCUCUCAAAUUAGCAAGGAGAAGGCACAGGAAGAUAUAGAGAGGCUUCAGAAAGAAAUCCUUGUACUGCAGACCGAAAAGGAAUUCAACAAGAGCUCUUACGAAAGCACCUUAACCCGGUACUUGGACAUCGAAAGGCAAAUCGCUGAACUGCAGGAGGAAGUUUGUAGUCUGCAGGACGCUUUCAGUGCCAGUGCUAUCAUCGAAGACAAUGAAGCUCGGGCGUUGAUGGCAGCAACAGCCAUUAAAUCCUGCGAGGAUAGCUUACUUAAUCUUCAAGAACAACAAAAGAUUACCACUCAAGAGGCGAGAAUGGAGUCAGAAAGAAUUAAAGAAGCUGAGUUGCAGCUGAUUACUCUCAAAGGCAAGUGUUGCGAAUCAGAGGUGGAGACUACAGAGACGUCGUCUGAUCAGAAUAUACAGCAGGAAUGCACCAUUGUAGAAACAGAAGAUUUUGGCGUUCUAAAAGAGGAGAAGCUGGAAUUGGAAUCAAUGUGCCAGAAAGUAAAGGAACACUUUGAGAUGAGGUCUGAAUCAUCUGUUGUCGAACUGGCAGAAAAGAUUGAUGAACUCGUAGAUAAGGUCAUUAGUUUAGAACUCACUGUUUCAUCACAGACUGCACAGAUCAAGAGACUGAGAUCAGAGACGGAUCAACUACAAGAGCACCUACGAAGCCUGGAAGAAGACAAGAUGGUCUUAGUUGACAAUUCAAAUAGCUUAACGGAGAAGUUAAAGCAGGCAGAAGAUGAAUUGCAAAGAAUUCAGUAUCUCGAGAAAUGUCUACAGAACGAGAAAGGCAUUCUUCGGCAAGAAUUUAUAGAAGCCUGCCGUAGCCUUAGUGAUCUUUCUGAGCAGUUGCAGUCACCGACAUAUCAAGAGUCUGCAAACUACGUUGCUGCGUCGCAGGAUGGAGGAAGUACUGUUUCCGACAACAUAUCAGUUGGAAAAACCGAGGAAGAAAACCAUGUUAAGAUGCAAAAUGCAGUGCAUAAUCUUGCUGGAAACCAGGCGCAUGAGCAAAGUGCAAAUGAAUUAGAGAAAUUUCAGAGGGAUGUACAACGAGAAAGUGAAGUCACUCAGGAUUUUGAUGUCGGUGUACAACUUCAACAGCCAGAUGAUGGUCCAGACUUGCAGAACUCAGUACAAAAUGGGUUAGAAGGCGGAGAGGAGGUCUUAUUAGCCGAGUACACAUCUAUUGUUCACAAUUAUAAAGACACCAAACAGAGGCUUGCGGAGAUUGAGAGAAAAAACCAGGAAUAUCACUUGGAGACGAUGGCACAGGUAAAGGAACUGAAGAGUGCCAAUGUCAUGAAAGAUGAGGAAAUUCGACUUCUAAAAGAGAUACUGAAUUCCUUACAGGCUAGUCUAAAUGUAAAUGCACCAAGAAUCAUGGAAAAGUCUAGGUAUCAAGUCGAUGAAAAUGUGACCACAACAAAUGCAGCAUUUGAUGAUUCUGAAGCGACUAAAACCACUCUUGCCGAAGACAGCAUCCAGUUAUGCCAGGUCGGGGAGCCACAAGCUUCUUCGGCCAUCGAAGAUAAAUUUAGAACAGACAUAGAUACACUCCUAGAAGAGAACCUGGAUUUCUGGUUAAGGUUCUGCACAUCAUAUCAUCAAAUUCAAGAAUUCCAGAAAACCUUCAAGAACCUCAAAUCAGAUAUCGAGAAGUUGAACGAAACAAGAAAUCAGGAGGGUAACGAGGAGGAUGAGAAUCAGGGAACGCUUCCAGUUGACAGAAGGCUAAGAGAACUAAACACCGAGCUCCAAGUUUGGUUGGAAAAGAAUGCAGUGCUAAACGGAGAACUCAAGUGCAGGUUUUCAUCUCUUUGCAGCAUUCAAGAUGAGAUAUCAAGAGUCUCAAAGGCAAAUGAGAGCGAAGAAGUCCGUUUCAUUCCAUACCAGGCUGCCAAGUUCCAAGGGGAGGUACUCAGCAUGCAGCUGGAGAACAACAAGGUCGCCAAAGAACUGCAAGCUGGUUUGGAUUAUGUGAGGGGCCUUCAGGUGGAGAUCAGUUGGACUCUGUCGAAACUUAAUAAGAACUUCGAGUUAGCUGGAUCAAGAUAUAACCAGCAGAAUAGCCACCAACACCACCCCCUUAGGCAUCUAUCCACCAAGACUCGGGUGCCAUUGCGAACGUUCCUGUUCGGAACAAAGCCUAAGAAGCCUUCAAUAUUUUCAUGCAUGAACCCCGCAUUGCAUAAGCAGUACAAUGGUCUACGAUCCAGUCUUCCUAGAUGA